GGCGCACUUCUGGCUCUACCCCGCCGCUGCGGCCAUUGUCCAGCCCAGUUGCGGUGGAGGCUGCUUUGGGCAGCUAACCCUUCUGCAGAAAAGACCUGGAGAGAACAGAGCCUGCGGCGGUGGUCGAGGGCCGAUCUGAGGCCCUGGGUAGGCCUGAGCCGCUGUCCGGGAGCCCGCCCCGCAGAGGCAGAAAUGGCCCCCAGGCCUCCGAUGGCCGCGCCCCAGGAAUCAGUGACAUUCAAAGAUGUGGCUGUGGACUUCACCCGUGAAGAAUGGCAUCAUGUGGACCCUGCUCAGAGGAACUUAUAUAGGGAUGUGAUGCUGGAGAACUACAGCCACCUGGUUUCUCUUGGGUAUCAAGUUUCCAAGCCAGAAGUGAUCUUCAAAUUGGAGCAAGGAGAAGAGCCAUGGAUAUCAGAGGGAGAAAUCCAAAGGCCUUUCUGUUCAGACUGGAAGACCAGGCCUGAAGCCAAAUCAUCAAAUCUGCAGCAGGGUAUAUCUGAAGUAUUCCACAGCACAGAUGAUUUCUCACAUGCCACAAUAGAAGACCCCUGGGAUAUUAGUAGCCAGUUAGAGGGGCAUCAGGAAAACUGGAGGAGACAUCCAGGGCCAGAAGCAUCUACCCAGAAGAAAAUCCCACCAGAGGGAAGUUUUGCACAAAAUAAAUCUGGUGAAGACUCUAGAUUGAACACAGACCCGGUUCCACAACUGAACAGUCCUUCAAGCAUAAGGCCUAGUGAAUGUGAAACACUUGGAAGCAAUCUGGGACAUAAUGGAGAGUUGCUUAAUCAGAACAGUGUCCUUGCAAAAAAGAAACCCUAUAAAUGUAAUAAAUGUAGAAAAGCCUUUAUUCACAGAUCAUCACUUACUAAACAUGAGAAAACUCAUAAAGGAGAAGAUAAUUUCCCCAAUGGUACAGGUCAGGGAAUUUAUCCUGGAAAGAAACACCAUGAAUGCACUGACUGUGGGAAAACUUUCCUCUGGAAGACACAGCUUAUUGAGCAUCAUAGAAUUCACACUGGGGAAAAACCCUUUGAGUGCAAUGUGUGUGGAAAGGCCUUCAGGCAUAGUUCAUCCCUAGGUCAACAUGAGAAUGCUCAUACUGGAGAGAAACCCUAUCAGUGUAGUCUCUGUGGGAAGGCCUUCCAGCGCAGUUCCUCCCUUGUUCAACACCAGAGAAUUCACACUGGAGAAAAGCCUUAUCGCUGUAAUCUCUGUGGGAGGUCCUUUAGGCAUGGUACAUCCCUCACUCAACAUGAGGUCACUCAUAGUGGGGAGAAACCUUUCCAGUGUAAGGAAUGUGGGAAAGCCUUUAGUCGAUGUUCUUCCCUUGUCCAGCAUGAGAGGACUCAUACUGGAGAGAAACCUUUUGAAUGUAGUAUAUGUGGGAGGGCUUUUGGUCAGAGCCCAUCCCUUUAUAAGCAUAUGAGGAUUCAUAAGAGAGGCAAACCUUACCAAAGCAAUAACUAUAAUGUAGAUUUCAAGCACAACUUAUCUCUUACUCAAGAUGAAAAUCUACUGGCUGAAGUGAAAUCCUACCAUUGUAAUGACUGUGGAGAAGACUUCAGUCACAUUACAGACUUUACUGACCAUCAGAGGAUCCAUACUGCUGAGAAUCCCUAUGAUUGUGAGCAGGCCUUUAGUCAACAAUCUGUUUCCCAUCCUGGAGAGAAACCUUAUCAGUGUAAUGUGUGUGGGAAAGCUUUUAAAAGAAGUACAAGUUUCAUAGAGCAUCACAGAAUUCAUACUGGAGAGAAGCCUUAUGAAUGUAAUGAAUGUGGAGAAGCCUUCAGUCGACGCUCAUCACUUACCCAACAUGAGAGAACCCACACUGGAGAGAAACCCUAUGAAUGUAUUGACUGUGGAAAAGCCUUCAGUCAGAGUUCAUCUCUUAUUCAGCAUGAGAGAACUCAUACUGGAGAGAAACCAUAUGAAUGUAAUGAAUGUGGGCGGGCCUUCCGAAAGAAAACCAAUCUGCAUGAUCAUCAGAGAAUUCAUACUGGAGAAAAACCAUAUGCUUGUAAGGAAUGUGGGAAAAACUUCAGUCGAAGCUCUGCUCUUACAAAGCACCAGAGAAUUCAUACACGAAAUAAACUGUAGGAACCCUACACUUAGGAAUAUAUAGAAAGCUUUAGCUAAAAUACUGUUCCAAUUCAGUAUUCAAGGAUUUUUAUUGGAGAGAAAGUUCAAGAAUGUAAUUGUGUGUGUGUGUGUGUGUGUGUGUGUGUGUGUGUGUGUGUGUGUGUUGUGUGUGGAGAAAAUUUAGCACUAGACAGAAUUUUAUACAAUAAAUUAAAAGCUGCAUUCUCAUAUGUGAUUAGAGGUGUUUGUAAAAAUUACAAACAACAUAUAUAGCCAUUUGGAAAUUAUAUUCCUACACAUUGGACUUUAUAAAGCUUUUAAUAUGAGUAUUCAGAUCACCAACUUUGACAGCUUGACAUGUAACUUCCACUGUUUACAGCCUUUAAAAAAACAAACACCCACAAAAACUGCUACACUAAUGACAAAAACUUAUUUUAAACAUUGCUUGAUAGUUGCUCUCAACUGCAAUUUUUACAUGAAAUUCUCUGUGGAAACCAGUUCCACCUCCAAGAAUUUACCAAUUAAAGAAUUAGGUAAUUAGCCCAACCACUUCAUUGUACAGAUGAAGAGGACUGAAAGCCAAAGAUUUGAGGUGGUUUGUGCAUUAUAGGAUGGUACAUCCUAUAAUGAGAAAGCUGACUGGAGAAUGGAGGUUUCCUGAGUCUUUGGCUCCAUAGCAUUGCUACUAUGAAAGGGUAUUCUGGAAUUCAGAAGGCUUUAAAAUAAAUUUUAAAAUAGAUACCCAUUGGUUGGUUGGGCACUUUGAAAUUUCUAAAAUCAAAAGAGACAGCAAAGUAUGCAAAUUUGUCUCAAACUUACAAACAUUGCAAGCUUACAAGCCAAAAUGUUAACAGAAACUAGAUAGUUGAAUUAUGGGUAACUUUUCCUUUUCCUGGUUAUAUUAUACUAACAUGCCAGUUUUAUGGAACUAGCAAGUCCUUUUAUUGUACUUUUCAUUGCACUCCCAUGAAAAAAAUCCUGCCCCGAGUUUCCUGUAGCAGAUCAAUAGGAAAACAACACCAAACUUGCAGAUUUUUUUUCCAAAUUAAUUUUACACUGCAGAAGUUCAGUUAACCAGUUACCCGUUGCCAUAAAUUCUGUCUUUUGACUCAGAGAAACAGCAUGCUUUGGCUCAUUGUGUGUGCAAAAGAAUAUUUUGCCAUUACCAAAAAAAAAAAAAUCGGCUUGUUUUAGUUGCAUGGUGUUUCUCCAUCUGAAAAGCUUGAGCUAAAUAUUAAUCUCCCACUCUGACCCUUAAUGGCCCCAAGUGCCUCCCAUAAGUUAUCUGAAAAGAAUUUCCAGAACCUUCAUUGGUUAACAUCAGUAGUGCAGACAAAUUUGAAAGCAACUGUGGACAUUGAUCCCUUCACGCAAGAGUCAUUCCCCUGCAAGACAAGCAAGUUUCCCAGCCCUGAUUAUGAUUCUCAGGGAGGGGUGAAAUGAGUGGUGAUGAUGGUGAACACUUCAUACUUUAUUCUUUGUGUGCCAGACGACAGGAGUCAACACCCUUCUCUAAUCCUCAAUGAGGUAGCUCUUAAACAGUCUUCAUCAUUUUUUUUUCAGGGACAAAUAAGCAUGAGUGUUGAAAUGUGGUAUGUGAAGCCCAAUGAGUGUGUCACCAUAGUGAAUCUGCCUUUUCUAGAUGUUAGCCCUUCAAAGAAACCUUUUUCUGUGACACUUGUUGCUUAGCACACACAAUGUCAAAGCCAUGCUUGUGAUGACACAUAGUUUGAUGAUGGGUAAUUCAGUCAGGUCCUCUCUGACCAUGUAGUUAGGAUACCUGUCAGAAACUUGUGCUGAGGGAUAAGGGGACCCUAUAUUGGACUGCUUGGAGGGAAUCCCAUGAAAUGUAACCAAUUGAGUGCUGCUUCACUGUUACUGAAGUUUAUAAAAACUCAGUUCCAGAAGACCCAGAGGGAGACCACUAGUUUAUGUGUGGAACAAGUCUAAAUCUAAAGUUGAUUCUCCAUUGAUUCUCAGCACAUCUUCGUUGACUCCCUAGGGAGAAAGCCAAGGACAGAUGAGUGACUAAUUGAGCAGAGGGCUUUCCGAAUACAAGCAGUCAUGCACAGUACACUUAUGAAUAUCCAGCCUUUUAGGGCUAUGUGAAAUGCAUCCUGUAACAUGAUUGUAUUCUUUCAAUAAAUUGCCUUCUGAGUUGAA